UAUAAAGCUUAGUAUAAAAGCGUUAAUAUUAUGUUCAGAUCAUCAAACAUUCGUGUCCUGUCCGCGAGUCAACAUGAAAGCCUUUUUGGUAUUAGCUGCCGUAGCGGCCAUCAGCUCGGCCAGACCCGAGGGUUACUCCUAUAACGCCCCUGGCGGCGGAGGGCUCUCCUCUGGCAGUCUCUUCGGUGGACUAUCCUCUGGAGGAUUCUCAGGCGGCAACUUCGGCAGUGGAAGCCUUGGCGGGUUCUCAGGAGGCAACAGCUUCGGCAGUGGAAGCCUUGGCGGGUUCUCAGGAGGCAACAGCUUCGGCAGUGGAAGCCUUGGCGGGUUCUCAGGAGGCAACAGCUUCGGCAGUGGAAGCAUUGGCAGCGGAUUCUCAGGAGGCAGUGGUUUUGGCAGCGGAUUUGGCGGCGCCCUCGUCCAAAAACACAUCUACGUCCACAUCCCACCCCCAGAGCAUGAAGAAAAGCGCCCUCAGAUCAUAGGAGGAGGCAUACCCCAAAAACACUACAAAAUCAUCUUCAUAAAGGCCCCGUCUGCUCCUACACCGAUCACGCCUAUUAUCCCAGCUCAGCCUCAGAGCGAAGAGAAGACACUUGUAUACGUGUUGGUUAAGAAGCCUCAAGAACAGGAUAUUAUUGUACCCACUGCCGCGCCUAUUCAGCCUUCCAAGCCUGAGGUUUACUUCAUUAAGUAUAAGGCUCAAAAGGAAGGCGGUAUCGGGGGUGGAUCUAUCGGUGGUAUCGGGGGUGGAUCUAUCGGAGGUAUCGGGGGUGGGUCUAUUGGUGGUAUCGGAGGUGGAUCUAUCGGGGGUGGAUCUAUCGGAGGUGGCAUUUCUGGCGGUAGCAUUGGCGGUGGUGGCAUUUCUGGCGGUGCCAGCUCUGCGUAUGGAGCUCCUGUCCAAUCCGGCUCAUACUAA